AAGAGAGAGAGAAGGAUCUAGGAAUCGAAUCGAUCAAUCGGAAGAAAUGGGAGCAGGAAAGAAUACAGCAGAGUUCUUCAAGAGGAGAGAUGAAUGGAGGAAGCAUCCGAUGCUUGGCAAUCAGAUGCGUCAUGCCACUCCUGGUCUCGGCAUCGCUCUUGUCGCUUUUGGUGUCUACCUUGUUGCUGAACAAGUCUACAACAAGAUCAAUUCCUCUUCUCAUUCUCAUCACCAUGUGAAGGCUGGGGACCAUUGAGUCAGGACCAUCAUCAAUCCAUUGUUUCCCUUGUUCAACCUGAAUGAAUUUGCUUGCUUAAAUAAUAUUACUUUCAAAACCAGUUUUCCUUUCAAUGUAAUUUGCUUGGGAUUUAUUUCACUACUCUCUGUAUAAUCAAUGCCUCACUACUUUCUUUCACUGAUAUACUACAUCUGUUUCUCUUUC